AUGGAGAGGGGCGCAGGCCUGCCGCAGCACAUCAUGGCCCAGGUGCGCGUCCAAGCCCCGGGGGCCGCGGCCAGCCCGGAGGAUCCGUGCCGGGAAGGCUCCGUCGCUGGGGACAGGCUGGCCGGAGGGCGGCUGCUGGACAGCCGCAGCUUGGAUGGGAUCAGCCAGGCGUACGGGGCCAGCCGGGCGCAGGAAGGGCGCCGCGCCACCAUCUCCAGCGCCCUGGAGCUGGAAGGGACGGUCAGCCACGACGGGGACCUCACCCACUUCGUGGCCAACAACCUGCAGCUGAAAAUCAAGCUGAGCUCCCGGGGCAGCCUGGAGGAGCCGGAGCCCCCGGGCCAGCCCUUCCCAGGGCUGGGGCGGAGCAAAGCGGCCGACAUCCCCCCCAUUGACCCCGCGGUGCUGACGGAGCUGGAGCGCCUGACCCAAGAGGUGGCCCACAAAGUGGACCAGAUGAUGAGGAGCUUGAGCGGCAGCAUCCAGAACAUGACGGCCCUGAGCGUGGGCUACAUCCAGACCUACCGGGACGCCGUGGACAGCCUGGGCGAGUCCGUAGACAUGAGCAUCAAAGGGAUGUACACGCUGAUGGCCCGCUGCGAGGAACUGGACCGCUCCAUGCAGCCGGUCCACGCCCUGGCCAAACAGAUCCGGGAGAUCAAAAGGACCCUGGAGAUAUUCGAGUCGCUGUGCAAGUAGCGCCGGCGGAAAACAUUUCUCAGCUGCUUUGUUAAUGGGGGGGAGGGGACGCUGUGCUGGUUGCAAACUCCAAAAGGGAACAUGUCGUGUACUGUAUGCGGUUGUGUGUUUGUUUCAUGUCUUGUGCUGCCAUAAGCCUGUUAC